AUGCUCAGCGUCGGCGAUCUUUCUCCCUCGGUUCUCGUAGCAUAUUACACGCCCGAGAGCCACACGGCGUGGACACUUCCUCCGCCCGAGCCCUGCCGUGUCGAGUGCGCACGAGGUUUUCACUGUGACGGAAUUACCAUUACGGGAUUUUCCAUGGAAAUGUGCGCGCGUAAAGACAGCCACGGCAAGGUGUGUGCGUGUGAGGCCUUCGACUGGUUUCUCUCUCGAAUCGCCGUCGACCGUGCCUGCGCCGGCCCCGCGACACGUCCACUCAAGCCCUGCACAGCUCACACGCUCGCUAAAUUAGCCGAUAAAUAUGUGUACCUUAGAUGUGUCAACAUCAGGGCGAUGUGGUCGACGUGCCCUGGUUCUACGAGGACUCCGCCACUCCUAGUUCCCCAGCGUCACUUGUACAAGGACCCCUCAAGCGGCGCCGGCAUGGACCUAGAGCUGUUCGAGGCUCUGCUGGCCAACAUGCAGCAGAACCUGCCCCAGGGCGCCUACGAUGAGCUCGACGACGACGACGACGAUGACGAUUACGAUGAGGAUGAUGAUGAGGACGACGACGAGGACUACGAUUACGGAGGCCAUGAGCACAACAUUCACACCAUGAGCAACCCCUACGGCGGCGGCGAAGGCGGCGUGGGCGGCGGCGAGAUGGGCGGCGGAGACAUGUGCGGCGUCUCGCUGCCCACCAUGCAGACCAUGAGCAUCCUGCAGGGCCUGCUCAACAUGAACCCGGCUGCCCUGCCUGGCGGUGCGCCGGACAUGGGCGGGGCCAUGAGCAGCCCCAUGAACGCCGGCAUGCCCGGCAUGGGGGCCCCCAUGGACGGCGGCGCCGGCAGCUUCCUCUCCAACAUGCCCUCCUUCCUGCCCUCCAUGAAUCCCGACAUGGCGGGCGCCCUCGCUGGGGCCUUCGCGGGCGGCAUGGGCGCCCUCAUGGACAGCUUCGCCGGCGCGGGCGGCGGAGCGCAAGUGCACGACUAUGAUGAGGACGAUGAAAUUCUUUCUGAUGAAGAAGACGAGGAGGACGACGAUGAUGACGACGACAUCGAUGAGCGAGGACACGGCGGCAUGGGGACAGUCGCCGCCGCGGCCGCGGGCGUAGCAGCCGUGGGCGCCGUGGGCGGCAUGAUGACCUCGGGCCUCCUAGGCACCCCUCACCCUUCUGCUGGUCCCGGCCACCCUGUUGGGCCCGGCCACCCAGUUGGGCCAGGCCACCCCGCCUUGGCCGCCCACGUCCCUAUGCCCGGCCAUCCCAUGUCCGCGCAUGGGGGCCAUCCCCAGCACCCAGGGCACGUGCCCAUGUCCGCACACGGGCCCCCAGUGGGCUUCACCCACCCUGGUUUUAACCCCACAGACAUUCUGAGUGCGCCGCCCUCGUCCGCGCCUGCGCAGGUGCCGCCCCACAGCAUGCCGUCCCACGCCGCGUCGCCCAUGCACCACACCAGCAUGGCGCCCAGCAUGAGCGGCGGUUCCGUCAGAAGCGUGGACCCUCUAGCCGGCGUGGCCAUAGGCGCGGCCGGCGUGGCGGCGGGCGCGGGCAUCCUGGCGCCCGUGGUGAGCAGCCUCCUCUCCGCCGCGGGAGGCAAGUCGCUGCAGAAGCUGGACAACUCCGACGCCUCGAGCACGACCAUGGUGGGCGACGACUCGCUGAACAGCUCGAGCAAGACGGUGGCGGCGCAGGAGCGGCCGGCGUCCGCCCCGAGCGCCGUGGCCGCCAUCACGAAGGCGCUGGAGAAGACGCACAUCACGCCGCCGUCCCCCUCCGCCAAGAAGGAUGGCGACGGUUCUCCGCCUGAAAAGACUAGUGAGCAGAAUGAGAGCGAGGAAGACGAGCCCGAGGAGGAGGCUCCCAAGCCAAGCACCCGAGUCUCCACGCCCAAGGACGAGCUCGAGGAUGACAAGGCGAGCGUUGGCGCAGAGUCCGUUCCUAGCUCCGAGGAGGCCGGCGACGGGAAGUCCGACACCGAGAGCGUCCGAAAGAAGACCCCCUCGCCCGUUCUCACCGGGAAGCUGGGCCGCCUGAGCCCCACCGGCAGCGAGUCCACGCCCGUGCUCGAGUCCGCCAGCUGCGCCUCCAUCACCGACCUGGCCAGCGCGACCGAGUCCAUGCGCGACUCCGACACCGACAACCACUCGGACGCGCACAACGUGACGGCCAACCUGUCGGACCUGGACAACGACCUGCACGAGACGCAGCCCAAGGUGCGCGCCCCGCCCCAGUACGCCGUCGGGGCGCUGCCCAUCGUCAUAGAGAAGCCCACGUUCGGCUGGCAGUCCAUGGUCGGCCUCGACACCGCGAAAGACGCCCUCAAGAACCUGUUCCUGAGCGAGUCGUUCCCCGAGGUGUUCGAGGGCACGCAGGGCACGUGCAAGGGCGUGCUGCUGUUCGGGCCGUCGGGCUCCGGCAAGACGUGCCUCGCACGGGCGCUCGCCAAGGAGACCAACGAUGCCAUCCUUAUCGGCAUCUCCACCGCCUACUUGGCGUCGCAGGCGCCCCUAGAGGCCCCGAAGAUCGUGCGGUACCUGUUCGACCACGCGCGCAUGCACACGCCCGCAGUCAUCCUGUUCGACGAGGUGGACGCGCUCUGCUACGACAGGUCCAGCCAGACCGCACUCCGGGCGAAGGCCGAGCUUCUGGCCCAAAUUAGAGGCUUGACGACGCUGAACCCGCCUUACCCGGCUGGCAUCGACCCGUCCACCUUCAACGACGGCCUCAUGGUCCUGGGCACCACCAACCAGCCGUGGCUCCUGGAGGAAGACCUUAGAAGGAUCUUCACCUACAACAUCCACGUCAAACUCCCCAACGAGAAGGCGAGGGAGGAGCUCCUAAGAAUGUUCCUGCAGAAUCUUCCACAUAAUAUUAACGACGACCAGUUCAAGUGCCUUGUAGCGAAAAGCGAAGGGUAUUCGGCGGCCGACAUCAACACUGUGAUCAGACAAGUAGCGCAUAUGCCUCCCAGUGAACCAAACAAAUACAUACAACCCACACAUCGGGUCAUUACCUAUGAUGAUCUGGCAACUGUGAUGACUGAUUACAGAUGUAGAUUUACAGAGGAAGUGUCUGUGAAGUACCAGAGGUAUAUCAAAGCCGCAACGCACAGAUCAGAAGAGCGGCGGGAAGACAGUAAAAAGGAUGGGAAGAAGGAGCCCAAGGGAGUGAAGAGGUUCGGUCAGCGGAUCGCAAAAUCCCUCGCUGCUGCGCUCGUCGCUGUGAUAGAUUAAACCGUUUUCGUCUAGAUUUUAGUGAAAAGACAGACCCUGGCGGCGGGGCACAGUGCCGAGGCUGCUGCGCCUUCGUCGACGUCCUGCCAGCCGGGGCCGCGGUCUCUGCGGAGGUCGUAGGGAUGUUGUAAUUAGCUCUGUACAGUCUAUCUGUGAUGAACCAUUGUUUUUUUUUAUUAAUUGGACCUCCUUUGGCCAUGGCGCCGGCUGGGUCUCUUGAGAAAGAGAGAGAGAGAGAAUGAGAGAGAAAAAAGAGAGCGAGAGAGAAAAGAGGAGAGGGAGACGACGCUACGACGUGUCCCUCCCUCCCUCCCAUCCCCUCCUCCUCCUCUUCCCCCUCCUCCAUCUCCAUCUCCUCCUCCUCCUGCUCCUCCUACUUCUCCUACUCCAGCUCAUCCCUUCACGACCCAAAGAAAGAGGGACGUGAAGAGGGAGAAAGAGAGAGAGAGAAAGAGGAGGAAAAAGAAUGGGGGGGGAAAAAAAGAGGAAAGGCAAAACGCAGCCGUGCCCCAGCCAAGGUCGGAAGAACUUUUAGUCACUCGAGUCAUUUCCUGAUCCCCACCAUCUACAAGCAACCCCGCCCGCCCGCCCGCCCGCCCGCUCGCACGCCCGCCCGCUCGUACGCCCGCACAUUGACCGCCCUCUCCCUCCCUCCCUCCCGCCCGCCCGCCAAGUCGCCUACGCCCACCAGCGCCUCCCGGAAGCCCCCAGACGCCCGAACUCCCCAGCAGCCGAGGGAGAGAAGAGAGAGGUACUUGUGAUAACCUCUCGCGAAGAAGAAGAAGAAGAAGAAAAAGAAAAGAGAGAGAAAAAAAGUGAUAACACAGUGUGUGUAUGUUUAAAGUGAAAAAAGUAAAGAAAAGAAAAAAAAAACUUGACGAAUGGAAAGAAAAAGGGGAAAAAAAAUUUAGUGAUGUGAACUUCAAUCUUCUGCGCUUCCUUGGAAUGGUGUUUUGUGUACUGGAGACUCUGUGUAUUGCGCCCCAGUUGCAAAUGUACUGCUUUGACGAGACCGCCUGGUGGUUGGGUGUCCCGAUGAAUGGUGAAAGGAAAUAGUGCAAGAAAGGAGGAGGAGGAGGAGGAGCAGGAGGAGGAGGAGGAAGGGAGAAGGGGCCAAGGAGAAUUGAAAGAAACGUGUGAAUGCUAUAUAUUAUAUAGUGUAGAUAUAUUAUUAUGCAAUAUAUGUAUGCUAUAUAAUAUAUAUUAAAUAUAUGUUGGUUCCAGGCGGCUCGGAGCAAGGGAUGCUUUGAAUACUGUCACAUGCUUGUGGAAUGAGUAUAUGAAGGGUGCUUCUUAACAGCAAUCAUUCUAUAUAUAUAUAUAUAUAUAUAUAUAUAUAUAUAUAUAUAUAUAUAUAUAUAUAUAUAUAUAUAUAUAUUAUAAAUUUAAUGAUUGCCCCCCCCCCCCCCUCCCUACUUUUUUUAAUAUAUUUGUCGAGGCUGCUAGGUAGUUUCCGUACAGUUUGGGAAGUACAUGGAAUAGUGUUGCAUAAACCCAGAAUCUGCAAUAUUUGCAAUAUGUGAAGGUGUUGGGGAUAAGACUAAGAUUGCCUGCUCUUUUUUAUAUGUUGUACAAAUCUUCUUUUGUUAGAAUAUUGAAUCGAUUUUCUCGCCUUAGUCACGUGAUCUCAAAAAGUACGUAUGCAAUAACCUCCCAUUAUAUAAGAUAGGUAAAAAAAAUGUGCUUGUUUGUUUUUAUUAUUAUUUUUAUUAUAUAUAGUGAUUGAAAGUGAUGAUCAUACAUUUUAUUGCAUUAUUGUUGUUGUUACAGUUGACUUGGAAACAAAAUCACGCAAAAAAAGACAUGAUGAAAGUAAAAACAUAUUUUUGCAAGUCAAAAUUUGCAAGUGGAGUGACUCAAGGUGACGCAUUUUUUCCAAAAAAGUGCAUAUAUAUUCAGAUUUUUUUUCUCUUGUUAUAGACGCACAUAUCGGCAAGGAAUAUAGUUAAUGAUAAUGGGCAUGCUCCUAGUUUUUUUUAUAGAUUUUUUUUAAAUCUUUUUUUUUUUUAGGAAGCCGUGGGUGAGGAACGUAUCUUUUUUUGUGGCAUUGUUAAGACCGGAUACGUUAUCAGUGGGUAUCAGUGGCCGAUAGUCUAGUGUCUUGAAUUUUUCUUAACCCGUCUAUUUUUUCGUUUUUUUUUUUUUUUUUUCCUUUAGUAAAUUUAGUUUAGACCGUGCCCCCCUCCUCUGUCUAUUCAGACAAAUCCGUCCAAAGUUCUGUUGGAUAUGAAGUAUCUAUAUAUUGGCAUUAUUAGACACGUCCCUUAACUUCCUUUAAUUUUCUUUAUUUAUUUUGUUUUAACUCUUAUUAAAGAUCUCAUCAAAGGCCACUUACAAUAGUCCCCCGAUUAGAUCCGCGUCUAACGAAAGACAAUAGAUCCCCCCCCCCUCCUCCUCCACCCCAGGCCCUCCCCCCCCCCCAGCUGUGUUAGCAAAAGCCCUUUUAACUUUUCAGUUUUGAUUUUUUAUUUUUUUAUUAUUAUUAUUAUUUUUUUUUUUACUUUCAAAAAGACACUUGCCUCCUAAGUGGUCGCGUUGUCACUUUGUCUUCCACUUUAAAUGGCUUCCACAAUGGUUUAGAAAUUUUAUAUAUCUAUAUUUAAAGAAUGUUUAUGGAUAUUUUUUUUCUUUCUUAUGGAUAGCGGUGGUGCUGGUCGUUGUAUCCGGUGGCCACUUAGGCAGAGAGGCAAGCCGUUAUUGUAUUAUUUUUUUGCGCUUUAGGUCAACCGAACAAAGUGGGGAAAAAAACGAUGAAAUGAACAUCACUUUUUUUUUUCUUAUCAGUUUCAUGUCUUUAAAUGGUUAGCUCCCCUCCUCCUCCUUCCUCCUUCCUCCUUCCUCCUUCCUUACCUCCCCCCCCCCCUCAAACUCUUUCUGUAGUUCGAUAGUUUCAGAAUCCUUUUCUCCCCCCUUCCCCUCCUGUUCCAUUUUCUACCCCUUUUUUUAAAUGUCAGUUUUGUUGCAUAUUUUUUUUUUUUUUUUUAUGUAUAUCAAGAGUGCGUUUUUUUCAAUGGCGAAGGUAAUCCUGAAGUAAUGUUAAAUGUCUCUUUUUUAUCAUGAUUAUUAUUAUUAUUAUUAUUAUUAUUAUUAUUAUUAUUAUUAUAUAUUAUUACAGGUUUAUGGUGCUUAUCCUGGGCUAGGGUGGUGGAAUUCAAUGCUUAUGAUUGCUUUAAUUGUAUACAUGUUAUAGGAAUCUUUUUUUUUUUGUUUUUGUUUGUUUUGGGUCACGUCUUUUAUAUAUAUAUAUACAUAUAUAUUUUUUUUUGUAUGUUUCAUGUAUUCAGUUUUGUAUGUAAGAUUUUUUUUUCCCUCUCAAUAUUAGUGGGGUGUCUUUUGGCAAGGGAGUUUUUUUUAUAUAAUUUUAUUUGUCACAUACGACCUCUUUUAGUGUAUUUACUUUUUUUAUUUAUUUGUUUGUUUGUUUGUUUAUGCUCCUGCUGUUUGGCUUGAACUUAAGGAAUCCUUUGGACUUGAGUAGCGAGCCAAGUCCUUGUGGAAUUCUUUCACGUCUGGCCAGUGGGUGAGCACCUGACCUGCCUGCUUCUGUAAAAAAAAAUUAAAA